AUGUCCAUAAACGAGAAAAAGAGAGUUGCAAAACAUACUGUAAGGAGCUUCAGACAUUCACAUAUAAGUACAAAUAAUAAGCAAAAAAGUGACAUUAAAGCUGUUAAUGGAGUCGAUAACGCCGCAUAUAAUCACUCGAUUUCAAAAGAGGAUUUAUCAAACGGUGAUAUGAAAGUCCACAAGAAUGGCGAACUGUCAAACGGAUUCACUGACUUGGAAAAGGCAACAAACGGUGAAAUAAGUCCCGAUAAAGCACCUUAUAAACCAGGUAUACCUGAGAAGCUGCUACUCUCUUUUUCUGUGUACACAAAUGCUCCAAAAAUCCUGAACACUAAUCAGCCAAAGGGAACGCUGACCAGCGUCAAUGGAAUCCGCUUCCUCAGUAUGACCUGGGUUAUUCUGGACAUGUAUAUGUCAUUGGAAAAUCAGAAACAAUUUUCGUACGUUCUUACAUUAAAUACUUUUAUUUUUGUUGACAAUUUGGCAACGUUUAUUCCACAAAUAGCCAAACGAUUCACAUUCCAGGCGAUUAUGAAUGCAACAUUGUCUGUAGAUACCUUUUUCGUCCUCAGUGGUUUGUUAGUGUCAUACCUUUCGUUACGUGAGAUGAAAAAAAGAGGAGGAGCGUUAAAAUUCAACUGGCUGUUGUUUUACUUUCAUAGAUACUGGAGGUUGACACCACCAUACAUGCUACUGCUCAUGUUGUAUGUACCAACGUUUAAAUACUGGGCAUACGGACCAUUCUGGCCACAGACAGGCUUAGACGUCAAUGAAUGCAAAGACACCUGGUGGACUAAUUUAUUAUACAUCAAUAACGUUUACAAAGCAGACAAACAAGUUAGGAUUAAAUGUGUUAAAAAUAAUUUUUCCGAGUUUUCAUCUUGGUCAUAUUGUAUGGAAUGGGGCUGGUACCUAGCCAACGACAUGCAAUUCUAUGUGAUAAGUCCUUUUAUGCUGGUUCCUCUUUAUUACGAACAUAGUGUUCGAUUAUUUGUGAAAUAUUAUGUCGUUAUUUUAUUAUAUGCAGAUAUAUCUGAAAUAAUAACUUACACGAAUAGACUUAACCCAUCUGUCUUUUGUAUAUAUGUAGCAACUGAUAUCGAAAUGCAUUUUAAUAAUAAUCUUCUUAUUUCUAGUCAAGAUCAAACGGUCGGUAUGAAGUUGUAUAUUAAACCAUGGAAUCGGGUUGGACCAUACGUUGUCGGCUUCUUCACUGGAUAUAUUUUAUACAAGACAGAAUGCAAAGUUAAGAUGUCGAAGGUAGUUAACCUUGUUGGAUGGUCCGUAGCAACAGCAAUGGCAGUAAGCGUGUUAUAUGGACUAUAUACAUCUGACGGUUCUCCUCCUGACUUUUCAAAUAGUGUGUCUGCCCUGUAUAACGCCACAUCUAGAACUGCCUGGGGAUUGAGUGUUGCCUGGGUGAUAUUUGCCUGUGCAACAGGAUACGGAGGGCCUGUGAAUGCAUUGCUGUCAUGGCGAGGUAUAAUACCUCUUAGUCGACUUACAUACUGCGCAUACCUUGUACACCCACUCGUGAUUUAUGUUUACAUCUUCAGUAGGAGAACGAUGAUGCAUUGGUAUGAUCUUGAAAUGAUUUACCUUUUCUUGGGACAUCUUUGUGUAUCUUAUGCGGCUGCCUUUCUUCUUUCCCUGGCGUUUGAAUGCCCAAUGAUUGGACUGGAAAAAGUGUUGCUAGGCAGAAAGAAAAACAGCUAGACUGCCAACUACAGUAAAUUUUUAAUGCAAAACUCGUUAAUUGCAAUCAAUCAGUAUGAAGCGAUAAUAAUGUGUUGAUCAUUAUGGAAUUGAAUCUGCACAUGGUAAACAACAGCCUCGUUGUUACACUUUUCUGUAGCCAUACAUUUUUUAUGUUUUAUUGAUUUUGUAAAUAUACUAUAGUCAUAUUUAUUGUAACACAUUGAAGAUAACCUUGGAAACAGAAUGUCGUCUGAAGGAGGGCUUUUCAAACAGGAUACCUAAGCAGCUUUAUGAUGAGUUUGCAUAAAAAUCCCAAUGUUCAUGCACGGAAGAUGUCUUAGUGCAUGAACAUUGUUUUUGUUGUGUAAUUUACAUUCAAAUAAAGUGUGUGUGAUUUUCAGAAGUUUAGGUCUAAUCCGGCAGCGGGUAAAACGUCCCCCAAUAAAUUAAAAACAAAAACAAAAUGAAUGAGAAUGUACAUGUAGGUUAUGUCAAUGCCCUCCAUAAAGUUGUUUUCAUGUUUUCAAGAAUCGAUGCCAUGAAAGCAGAGAAGAAAGAGUGUUUAGAAUAGUGUGCUUUAGAUUUUAGAUUUAUAAUGAUGUAAACCAUUUUAUGUCAGAAAAUACUUUGAACUGAAGUAUAAAGUUCAAUCCAGUAAGA